AUGAAGGGAACUCCGGAAUUCCCGCAGUGCGGGUUCUCCCGCGCUUCCAUUCAGAUUCUGGGCUUGCAGGGGGUUGACCCGAAGAAAUUUGCAGCCUUCAAUGUUUUGGAGGAUGACGAGGUUCGGGAGGGUAUCAAGGAAUACUCCAACUGGCCAACUAUCCCUCAGCUCUACGUUAAUAAGGAGUUUAUUGGCGGAUGUGAUAUCCUUGUCUCAAUGCAUCAGUCUGGGGAACUUGGGGAUUUGCUGGAGAAGGAGACGGUUCUUGUCCCGCCGGAGGAGAGCGCCGAUGCCAACGCCGAGAAGCCGAGUUCUUAA